AUGGCAACCAUGCAUGGCGUACCAGCGUGGCCGCCAUCACCGGGCGACGCCCCUGCGCUCCGUGAGGUUGAGCCCCAAUCUCGACCGCCAUGGGCGAGCUCGAGCCAGUCCCGGCCGCGGCCACCGGGCAAGGCCCCCAGCGCAGUUGAGGCAAAGAUGCCGUGGAAGAGCAGCAGCUCGUUGCCGUCAGAGGAUUGGGGAUCGGGGAUUGGAGAUGGGGGAUUGGAAGAGCACCACCCGAAAGCGACAUCGGAGGGCGGAGGCAGCAACGCUGGCGCCACGUGUGGAGGAGGAGGUGGCGCUGCUCGUCGGCAUGCGCCGCAAGGGCGGUGGCGCUCCUUGCCGCGGCCGCGGCAGUACCGCCCGCACUGUGAGGAAGAAACACCGGAGGUCACCGCAAACAAAGACUGUGCGUCGUUCCUAACCUGCACCGUGAGAAACGGGCUUGAUUUCUGGAGCCAGGACGGCGAGUGCUUUAAGGACCGUGCGGCCCAUGCUCUCGGAACGUCCCGUCAAACAAACAUGGGCCAUUGCACCGCCAGAGCCUGUCCCAAAAGCCCGUCAGUCGGGUGA